UAUGUGUGAAAUCUCUUCGGCGCUCAAUUUCAAAUGGAUUCCGUUUCACGCAUGCGCCUUUCGUUCGACUGCGCAAAGCUGCCAACUGCCAACGCACAGCGAGUUGCGCUUCUGCUUAUUAUAUAUACAUGCGUAUAUGUAUAGAUGACAAUGGACUCCGCCACGGUCAUUUGAUCGUUUCCUGUUAGCGUUAGGUUCUUAUAAUUGUUUUUUUUUUUGUUCACUUUUUGUUUAAGUGCGAGCAAAUUUUUAUUCGUCGUUAUUACGUGUUUGUUAGACGUGAAAGCUAAUAGCGUUAAGCUAAGCACACUGCCUAUUAUUUUAGAAUUAAUGAUGAAAAACGCAAAGGCCAAAAAUUCAAGAACAUGCUCGGGACCUUUUAGCGAUCAAAGUGGGUUCUUUGACGUUGUCGUUCGACCGAUGCUACAACAGGGGCACGAGGGAGAAUUAUGCAGCUGGUUGAAAGAAAUGAGUUUGAUUCGUACAGCCUGUAACUGUCCUCAUUCGGAUUGUAAAGGGCGUAGUUUAAUAUGGAGUCCUGCAAGAAUCGUAGACAAAUAUAUUUGGUCUUGUCCUGACUGUAUGAGAAAGCAGUCCAUCAGAGAAAAGUCUUUCUUUUUCGGAAUAAAAUGUGAUCUGAAAAUGUGCCUUCAACUGAUAUUAGGAUGGUGUCAACAAAUUCCUUGUGAAGCUACUGCUACUUAUUUAGAUGUAAAGAAACACGUUAUUAGAAAGAUAUAUGAGCGGUGCGACGAGGUUUCCGCAAUCUAUGUUAGAAAACAUCCAGAGGAUUGGUUAUUAGGUGACAAAGGUGCAAUAUUAAUUGUGGAUGAAUUUCCUGGUGGUUAUAUGACGGAGCAUCAGCCAGAUGUAAACUCUGCCAAAAAACGUAAUAAUAAUUCACAUACAAUAAUAUGCGUUGCAGAAACAAAUACUAUACCACCUCGCAUAUGGUUACAUAUGAUUGAAGCUAUGCCAGAGCCACAAAAAAUUGACAAGUUACAACCAGGAGUGGACAAGAGUAACAUGGUAAAAGAAGCUUUGAAAGAGAUUACGAGGCACACAGUACCAGGAAGUUAUAUAGUAGCAAAUGAUCGUGCUCGCUGUUGCAGUUAUGAAUCUUUACAGAGUCUAAGACAAUACAAAAUUAUCAGUGUUGAACAGCUGCAGAAAUUUGAUCCACCUGGUAAAAGUAAACUUCUUGACAAUCUCGAAACAAUUUGGCAAAGUGCCGUCGAAGUUUGUGAGGAAGUUCAAGAAGCUACGCAUACAUCAGGCCAACAUAUCAUUGCUAGGCAUUUAUGGAGACAAAAAUUUGGUACAUCACCUUCUACCGCGUUUCAAGAUAUGCUGAAUCACAUUGCGGAAUAUUAUCGAUUUUUUUAAGGUCAGGCACAAAUAUCGAAAUCUCUUUCGCAUCAUUGCGUUACAGUUGCUAUCAUAUACGACACGGUUAUUUUUCAAAAUAAUGUUAUAUUUCUUUAUAAACGUAUAUAAAAUAGAUAUCGGAAAAUCAAUUUAAAUAUUUUAGAUUAUAUACACGUUUUACAAGUUGCCUUAUUAAAUCAAAUAUCCAUUAAUGAUAUAUAUAUGUAUAUUUUGCUGUCCACAAAUAAAAAGUGAGUAUAGGAAUAAGUGUGAGUAUGGAGUAUAAUAUAUUCCACAAAACUUACUUUUUAUUUGUGAAUAGUAAAAUAUAAAUUAUAAAUGAUUAUAUUGUUAAGUCUUCCAAGUAUUAAUAAGCAUUUUACUCAUUACGUAAAAUAAGCACUGAUAAUAAUUGUUGACAUAUUAAGAUUAUAUAAUAAAAAGAUAGAUUUUUGAAUAUGCUAAGAAAGUAAAAUAUGAAAUAAUACAAUUCGUGACAAGUUAUAUCUAAUGUUUUUAUCUUUGUGCUAAUAUUGGCAGAAACUAAUAUUAAAAGACUGACGUUGACUCUACCAUAGAAUAUUAAAAUAAUUUUGAGCCCAAUAAUGUAGCAAUACUAGCGUAAAUAUGAAAUUAUAAUAACAUGUAUCCAUAAUUUGUUUUCUAAUUGAAGAGAUAUUAAGUAUUUUAAUCUUAGG